AUGGUUCCAUUACGCCGGGCCACCGCUGAGAAUCUGACACAUGCCGUGACUCAACAUCUCAUAUAUCGGCAUGGGUGCCCAACAACGCUGGUUUCCGAUAAUGGGACCCAGUUUCCGUCUCAGAGAUUCAAGACGCUCCUUGCCGCCUUCGGGAUCGCGCACCGCAAAUCGCCCGUCUAUGCGCCUCAAUGCAACCCGGUUGAGCGGGCCAACCGCACGGUGAAAACAAUGAUCGCCCAGUAUGUGGGGAAGCAGCACCGAAACUGGGAUGAACGGAUAGUCGCGCUACAAUUCGCGAUCAACACCGCGAGACACGAGGCCACCGGAUACACCCCGGCGUACAUCAUACACGGGCGCGAAUUGGCACGACCCCACCCGGAGGACCGGAGACCGCCGGCCCCUGCUCCAAGUCCGGACGUCAACCGGAAACGGCUCGAAGAGGCCUUCGAGGUGGUCCGUAUCCACCUGGCUCGCGCGUUCCAACGACAGGAACGCCAUUAUAAUCUGCGGCGGCGCGACUGGCGCCCGCAGAUAGGCGAGCAGGUCUGGAAGAGAGAUCGGCCCCUCUCCAGUAAGAGCGGCGCAUUCAACGCUAAGCUAGCGCCCCGAUACAUCGGACCCCUGGAAGUCCGAAAGAUCGUGUCACCGGUCAUGGUGGACCUCCGCGAUGCCCGAGGGAAGUGGCACCGGCACAUUCAUGUGCAAGACCUGAAGUAA